GAAAGUAUGCGUCAUCAGCAAUUUCCCUUCGUAACCCACCGCGUGAUACUACUUUCGAAAUAGUCGUUGACAUGAGCAUUCGAGCAUUAUGGAUUGUUCCAAUAGUUCGUCAAAGUACUGCUGAUCUCUUGCAAGAUAACAUAAUUUUUACAAGGUAUUUUCCACUUAUCGAAAAGAAAGUCAAAUCAGCAAAUGGGGAGGCGUAUAUAUCCUUGCCAAGUCCAACUGAAUUUUCCAAUGGACUUCUUUUUGAGCUAGGAUUCAAGGAUGAAGAAAAGUUCAUACAAUCACGAGACACUUGUCAGAAGGUGGAGAGGAAGCCGGUGUUUGAGGUGACCACGCCCGCGGGAACAGUAUGGCCGGUUGUGGUGGUGGAGCAGAGGGGCCUGCUAUUUUGCUGUCUACCCUUGGUCCCUGAUAACCUGACCACAAGUCGACCAGAUCUCAUACAGAUACCUGGUGUUUCUCUUGGAUUUUCCCUACUCUGUGGAUUGACGGACUUUCUAAGGCAAUGCCCACCUUCUGAGGUCGCACAAAGGAGUGGAGACUUGCAUCUAUACCUGAACACAGCAGCUCCAUUCGGAAGAAUAUCUGAUGUCAAUUGUGAUACUGUGAUGGCUAAAAUGUCUAACAAACCUAGCUACCUCCCCAGAGCUCAGAAACAACCUUCUUGGAAACCUGUUCUCCACAAAGGAAAAAAUAUUCUCUAUCUGGCCCUUACAGAAAACAUCAGAGCUAUCCAGUUUAACAAGGAAAACACAGCGGACACCUUCGACCUGUAUGGGUCAGUAUCAUGUAAGUCGGACCUAGAGGUGGCGCUCUCAGACGUAACAAUCAACCUGUCCUAUAACUCUCCUGAGUCCGCCAUUCCUAUGGACAAUCUUCUGAUCCACCCCUGUGUUCAAAGCGCUGACUGCUCCAUGCUUCAAAGAGGGGAGACCAAAGCAGCACCCAGAAGGAUUCGAUUCACCCCACCCACAGAAAUGUUCACCCUCUGCCAUUACACUGCAUCAGGGCUAAAGGGACCUCCCAUUAAGGCCGUGUAUGAUAUGAAGAUGACAGAUAACCGGGCCUCUCUGACGAUUCAGCUGACACUGAGUGACAAGGUCAAGAAUGCGUUUGAGUACUGUGAGAUGCAGAUACCAUUCCACAACAGGGGUAUAAUUUCUGCCCAGGAUUCUUCUGUCAGUCAGGGCAACACCUUAAUUUCUCCUGAUAAAAGAAUUCUUGUUUGGAACAUAGGUCAGAAGUUCCCUAAAUCCUUGAAUGCAAACUUGGAAGCUACUGUUGUGUUCACAGAUGCCAAAUCUCCAAGCUCCUUUGAUGACCCAUUUUGUACGGACCAGAAUGCUUAUGCACAGCUGUUUUUCAAGAUCCCUGACUUCACUCACUCUGGAUGUUGUAUAGACUCCAAAUCCAUUCAGGUUUCGCCAAGCACAAAAUUCAAACUCAACACAGUACAUGAGUAUCUGUCCGCUGAGUACAAGAUAUGGAACUGUAAUGGUGAUGUGUUAAGCAGCAGUGUUCCCAAGGCUCUCCUGAAGCAGAUGGCAGACAUGUAAUACUUUGGUUAUAGCUGUAUUAGAACAAGGCAACUCACACUGGGCUAUUAUAUCCUUAUCAAAGACUGUUUCACUCAUAAAAUUCAUUUUUUAUUUGUACAACAUAUUUUAUUUUAUAUUAUGUUUAGUCAAUAAAUAUAUUAAUAAAA